UUGGCCCCAUUCAAAAAGUAAUCUAAUCCUUUUUUGAAUAUUUCAAGUAUGCGAAGUUUCUUAAAAUACCCAUGUAUUCACACCCACAACGUUGCACUACUAUCUGAGAUGGUACUGCCAACGGUCAGUCGGGUUGGCAUAAAAUUCGUCGAUUCUAACAAAAUCCUCUACAGUUCCUUCAGGAUUUGGCUUGACGUAAAGCUAAUUUGCUACUUCCACAGAGAGUGGGCAACAAAGAACGGGUGAAGCAGUCAAUAACUGGGAUGUGCGAGACUUGUUAUCUUAUCGGAGCAGGCAAUACGAAAACAAAAUAAUGCAAUUGAUAUGAAGGGUUCUCCAAUCGAUGAUCGAAAGUGAAAGAUAUUGGACCGAUUUGCUCAUGUUCGAGUGGCAAUUGUCCGCAGUCGAUAGCGAGCCCGGGAGACGUUAAGUAGUCGCGAAACAGUGAGUGCACUCCGCGGUGGUUUCAAGAAGUUAAUCAGGAAGUGGAACUGCGUUCAGUUUGAGAAUGUGAUAUACAGUAUAUGUGAUUUUGAAAAAUUGUGUAAAAUGGAUAAACAGAAAUGGAACAAAUCAACUCGAGUGUGGCGUAUCAAACAGGAAUGCAUCAAUUUGAUAGGAUUUUUCUGCUUAAUUGUGGUAAACUUUUCUAGUGCACAAGAAUGCGAAUCGCCAACAUUCGACUUCACCCGUCUUUCGGUUGUGAACGGCGAAAUCUCCGCCCGCGAUGUAAAUGUGGCGAUCGCCACUCACAAUGUCAGCAACGUGCGGAAGGUGGAAAUAAGUGCCCUCGAGGGAUUCAAUCUCUACAUCAACGCUGCCCUCAACUCGCAGUCGUCCCAACUGGUGAUCAGUACCAACCAGGAGUUCGAGCACUUUCUGGAGACCGAAACCAUUCCAACGCUCUUCAGCCAGCUUCAGUUCACUUGUGCUUCCGAUUCGAUCAAAAUCAUCCGCUUCCAGGUGCCGAUUCGGGAGGAAAACCUUUACGCGCCAACCUUUAGCCGGAUGGUGUACAGUAUCGAGCUACCGUUGCCGCUGCCGAAAAAUUUCGAUCUCUCGCAGUACAUUGAUGGGGGGAACGGAAUCCGAGCAUACGACUACGACUUGUUCGGGAAUGAAGUCAGCUUCACGCUGGACGAAAACCCGUACUUUCUAGUGGAGCAGCAGAAAGGGUCCACGGACAAGGAGUUCAUAGCCAGACUUAGAACGAAGAGCACUCUGACGCGGCUCGACGAGCUUUCUCUAAAGAUCACUGGAACGGACGCCGGAACACCUCCCAAAUCGGGCUCAGCGCAGCUGAACAUCUCGGGUGAUCCCUUUAUUCGAUACACCGAGCCGCCCCAGUUCCAACAAUCGCUGUACGAAAUCAGCCACAAAAAGCCGCAAGCCUUCGUUCCCAUCGAGGUCACGCUUGAGACGAACACGUACGACGGAACGGUCACGUUCCGGCUGGGCGGGGAAGAUGCGGGAUUGUUCGCCAUGACACCUAAGGCGGAUCGCAGUGGUGCUACCAUAACGUUGCGUCCGGGGAUGGACAUCCCAGGAGGGACAUCUUUCGCCAGCUUGGUUGUUAGUGCCAACAGAACCGGUGCAGAACUAGAAGGAAGGACUGCUGUAGUGAUCCAAAUCGAGCAGGAAACGCCACCAGCGUUCGAACAGUCGGUGUACACCGGUAAGGUGAAUAAGGAAGGUGUUGUUUCGGUGGAUAGUGCGAUCGCUCUGCUGCUGGAGAACUCUAUGGGUGAGCUCACUGUGAAACUCAUCGGAUCGGACGCGCAGUAUUUUACUGUGAUACGUUCCGGCAAUUCUGUCAAUUUGGGAGUUUCUGACAAUCUGACGGAGGAGGUUUUAGAGGAUAGAUUCUUUUUCCACCUCGAGUUGGAGGCCAGUAAGAUCGAUGUGGGUUUCGGUAGGGCGUUUGUCGUACUAGAGAUUCUCAAAGAAGAGUUGCUCACACCACGGUUCGAGCAACUUUUCUACGAGGGAACUGUGACCGAGGAAGGGGUGGCCGUAAUUCCAGAGAUUAAAAUAGUGGAUGAAACGUUCGUAGAUGAGUUAUCUUUUGCGUUCAGCGGCGAUCAUACUAUGUUUACGGUUGUAAAUGAGCAGAAUAAGAUUACGCUCACGCCGAAGGGGAUCACCGAGGAACAGCUGAAGGGGAAACAGUAUCUGCUUGUAGGUGCGAGCGCCUCGCUCAGAAACAUAACUGUUUCGGAAACGAUCGUGAUCGUGAAGGUCCUCCGACAAGAAAUUAUUACCCCGCGCUUCACACCAAAUUUCCUUCAAGGUCGACUAGAAGAAAGUACGCACAGUCUGACGCCGAUUAAAGUUGUACUCGACCCAGCUACCAUUACAACCCUCACUGUAAUAAACCUCUUCGAUUCGAGCAGCAUUUUUGAGUUGAAUGCGACAACUGUCGCAAAUGAGUUUGUAAUCAGCUUACGGCCUGGAGUCUCCCUUCCGAACGAUUCUCAUAUCACGCUGAUUGUGGAAGCCACCACUCCCAAAGCACCCACGGUAAUCUGCUUCGUGUUGGUUGAGGUUAUCCGGGUACCUCCGGUACCACCCCAGUUCGAGCAGCUUCUGUACGAAGGACAGAUUGACAGCAGCCAUAAGCUGCAGGAUUUUAAACUGAGGUUGAAGCAGGAGUCGUACGAUGACACGGUCACGUUCAGCCUGCUCGAGGAUGAUGCGGAUAUGUUUAACUUGCAAAAGUUGGACGGUAACGAGAUUCAGAUUAGGCUUGCGAACUCCACGACCGAAGAGGAUCUCACUGACAGGGAUAGUCUGCGGUUCAAUGUGCGUGCCGUGAAGGCGGAUGGUUUGAACACCGCGGUUCCGGUGGUGAUAUUCAUCGAGAAGGUGGACGUUAAGAUCCCUAGGUUCGAGAAACAACUAUACACUUCGAGUAUUGGGACCGAUCUCCGGCUGAUCCCAUUCGAAACGAUCGAAUUGGUGGAAGGAGGCAUCGAAGAUGGGUUGCAAACGUUUAUCUUGCUCAACAAUACAGAUCUGUUCGUGGUGGAGUUGAAGAAUGAUUUGAAGGUUAACAUUAGCUUGAAGAAACAGUUGACACCGGAUGAUUUGGAAGGAUUCGAGCGAUUCGAGCUUGUGAUCGAGGUACGGAAUCCGGUGGUUGGUUCAGGCUAUGCCACGAUUUUGGUAGAUAUAAUUCGGGCAGCAAUUGUAUUCCCUGAGUUCACGGCUGCUUUUUACACGGGAGUGAUCAAUGAGGGUUCGAAGGAAAUGAUAUUCCCCGAGAAAAUUACUCUACAGGAAGCAACGAUCACCGGGGAUGUGAGUUACAACGUUUUGGGGGCAGACUCCCAUUUUAUUGUCAUGAAUGUGAACCAAGAUCUUAGUUUGAAGUUCUCACUGAAAAAUGAAGUAACUGACGAGGAAUUGAAGAACAAACACCACCUCACCUUCCUCAUUCAAGCCACCAAUCCAGGAAGUACCGCAUCCUCGGCAAGUGUUGUGGUUAACAUAAUUCGCCCGAUCAUGGCUGUUUUCACAAACUCCUCGUUCUCUGGUUUGCUAAAAGAAGGACAACCGACAGUUGAUUUUGAAUCCGAUAAAAUCACUUUGCUCGAAGGCACCUUUUUAAACGACACAACAUUUACAACCGCCGGCGAGGACUCAACUCUGUUCGAAGUAUCGGUAAGCUCGGAAAAAGUCGUUCAGCUUCUACUCAAGCCGACCCUCAGUUGGGAUCAAAUCCGUUACCGUUCAUACCUCCGAUUGUUCCUCCAGGCGACAAACCCCGAGGCUGCGCCAGCUGCUUGCACGAUCAUCAUCGGCGUGGUGAACAACCCAGUGCCGACGCCCAUCUUCACCAAGGCUGUCUACCGAGGUUCCCUCCAUAAAGGGUAUCCCGAGGUCGCCUUUGAUGCACCAGAAGUGAUUACGCUCGAUCCGGCUACGAUAACUGCCACACUGACGUUCGAAGUGAGUGAGAACGACCACUCAAUGUUCAACGUCACCCGUAAAGACAACAAGUUCCAGGUUUCGCUCAAACCGACAGUUGGCGAAGAAGACAUCGAAGGACGGGAUAUGUUGAGUUUCAUCAUUGAGGCCAACAACAGGUAUGGACUUAGUGACACGGCAACGAUCAUCGUGGGCGUUCAACAGGAUGUGUUUAUCACUCCGGUUUUCAUGGAAGCAAUCUACUACGGAUCGAUUGAAGAAAACAGCACCGAACUGAUCAUACCAUCGGAGAUCUCGUUCCGACCAGGUACCACCACAAACAACACUGAAGUGGGGUUGAUUGCCGGUGAUUCGGAUUGGUUCGCGGCGGUGAUUGUAGACGCAAAAGUUAACAUUACGCUCAAAGCCAACGACUCGAUCAGCUGGGAAAGCAUCAGUGAUCGGAAUCAGCUGAGCUUUUUACUGCAGGCCAUCAAUCCAGGAAGCGUGGCGGCAUCUACGUUCAUACUGUUAGACAUUGGACGAGCAUCACCCGUUGUACCGAGAUUCAAAAAAAUAUCCUUCCGUGGCUACCUGGAAGUUAACUCCCGUGUGGUGCAGUUUUCUGAGAAUGAAACCAUUGAACUCGAGCAAGGAACGGUUCUGCCCGGUUCUACAGUUGAACUGCUCGAUUUCGAUUACGAGCUGUUCGAUGCAAUCGUGGAGAAUAGCCAAGUCUUCAUCUUACUGAAGGAUUCGGUAGCCGUCGAUGGUUUAACCGACGCACUGUAUCUUCAAUUCAGUGUGACGGUGGCGAACCCCAACGGUGAAUCCGAUUCGGCAACUGUAGUGGUAGAUGUGAAGCGUGACACCACUCCCGUAAAGAUCCCAGCAUUCGAGAAGUCAACUUACAACGGCACGAUUGGGAACGACUUCCGCCUACGUUUACAUGAAACAAUCUUCGUAACAGAAAACACGUUUACCGAGGGCACUUCAUUCAACAUUAUCGAAUCCAACAGUGAUCUUAUAGAGGUCAUUACACGUGGACGGGAAGCUUUUGUACAGCUGACGAAGGCCGUUUCCACUGAAGAUUUGCAGCAAUUCGAUAAUUUGUAUGUCACAAUUGAAGCUAUGAGCGAUCAGAAUGCUCGAAGUUCAUGCUUUCUGGUCAUUUCUCUCCCCAUUGAAGAACACGAAACUUGCACCCCAACACCCCCCGUUAUCGAGUGUACGGAAUGCUACAACUGCUCAACCGGAGAACCGCUGGAUGACGUUCCCGUAUUCGCGUAUGGAAACUAUCGUUUCAAUCUGAAGUCGGACAGCGUGGGAAUGAUCGGGGUUGUCAAAGCAUCCGUUAAGGAUCCUUCAGUGCUGUUGGAACAUCGAAUGGACACAAAUGAGGACUAUCUGAGCGCCAACGUAGUCAUCUCAACCGAUGGUAUCCUUCACAUUGCGAACCCCCUUCUUCCCCGGAAGUACACCUUCCUAGUGAUCGCCUCCAGUCCCCGUUCGGGAAAACAAUCCACAGCGAACGUCACACUGGACAUAGUCCAGGACUCGGAAUGCCCCGCAAAUCCGGAGGAUCCAAAGAUCACAACCGUAGAGCGGCUGCUAGUGAUCGAGCACCUUCUCGAAGAAAUGCCCCAUCCUAACAUAUUCCCUUCGCAGCUCGGAACGUGCGAGUACGAGCUCGUCGAUGAGAAACCCUACCAGAAUUACAGCUAUUUUGAGAUAGACCCCGACACCCAUUGGCUCGGCUCGCGAUCGUUCGACAGAGAGAACACGACGCUUUUCCAAGGGAUGAGCAUUCCCCAGUUCCAACUGCGCCUACGGUUGAUUUGCCCCGAUCAAGGGAAGCAAUCCCGCUUCCGGAAGCGAGCCCUCAUCGAAACCGAUAGUCUGCACUACGCUCGCGAUGUCACCGUGAUGAACGUGAUCGUGGUGGAUAUUAACGAUAACGAUCCGCAGUUUGUGUAUCCGCCGCCAGAUCAAAAAGCAUUCCACAUAGGUUUCCCAAGUCCAUCGAUGGCAGCGAAGCUCAUGCUGCCCGAGUUGAUCACUGUCGUGGCGACUGAUUUGGACGAGGGGUUGAACGCCAAGAUCCGGUACAGUCUAGGCACAAACGAUCAUUUUGAUAUAAACCCGGAGCGUGGGGUGAUCUACCCCAUGAAGGACGCAAUGAAAUCAAGUGCCGUUGUUAGGCUUAACGUCAAAGCGACGGAUCGGGAUGGUGCUGUUGAUGGGAGGAGUUCGGAAGUUACGCUUAGUGUUCAUAGGUUGGAAGAGGAACAGUUGGUGUUGAUGACCGUCAUGGGCGAAGAAGAUGCGGACAAUGUGGUUAAUCAGGUAAAUGCUAAGACCAACACUGUUCAGUUAAGGGCAUUGGUGCACGCUAGGGUACCUUCCACGGACCAAAUUGACAGCAAGAAUGUACUAAUGGCAAGAAGCAGAGAAACCACCGUACUCCGCAUUCUCGUAUACGCAUUCAACGAGCAGCACGAGUUGCAGGAUUCGAGCACAAUAGAAAGCAUCAUUCGUUCUUCGCCACUGUCGGAGAGUAUAGAAACAGACUCAUACAACGGAGCGGUUUGUUCAGACGUUACGUGCGAGCGACAUAACCAGCUGGAUUCAACCAACACGGGGCUCAUCGUUGCCAGCUCUGUGCUGGGAGUACUGUUUCUACUCAGUGCUGGAUUGGCUGUCUUCCUGUAUUUACGGUUCAUACGGCCACUCAAUGCAGCGCCGACUGAAACUUCCGACGCGGUUCAGUUGGAGAAUGAUUUCGAAAUAUCGCCACCUCCUUCUCCCCCUAUGGUGGGAGUGAAAAAGCUGGACAAUGGGCCCGAUCCCGAUGAUCGGAGGAUCUCCAUUAAUAUCUCUGGAAUUACGGAACAAGAAUCUGAGGACUCCAAAAUUCCAGCCGAUCGGUUGGCACGUUCACUCAGCGAUCGGCUCGAGAGAGUGGACGAAUAUGGACAGGCCAUCCCCAGGACCCCACUUGGGAAUUCAACAGAGACGGAGCCGAAAAAUGUAAAAUUCAACGAACUAGUGGAACGGAUCGAAGUGGUCGAGCAUCAUCCGGACGGGGAGGACUUCGAGGACGAUUCCGUCUACAGCGAACGAUUGUGAGGAACCGUGUGUGUGUGUUUGAUAUCUGAUUUAUCUAUGUAUCUCAGGUGAUAUUUAUAAUAAACAUAGCGUUAGUUUA